AUGGCUCACCGGCACCAGCAGCAGCCCUCGGGCAGUUUGUUUGGCUUUGUGAGCCCUAUGGAUAUGCAAAGUUCCCAACCGCCAGUAUCGCAGGAUAACAGCGCGAUGAGUCUCGUCGACCCCUCAAUGCUCUCACACUUCGACACACCCAUGCAGAUGUCGCUCGAAGGCGACAGCAACGUCUUAAUGGCCGCGCAACAACCCUUUCAACGCCCCAUCGCUUCCAAUUUUCCAACUUCAGGCUCCCCGUCCGCAUCUAUAUCAUCAAUGUCGCAAAAUGCGCCAGGCUUGGCAGCACGACCCCAGGCGCGACCUGGCCAAAUCAGCAAUCCGUUGCUUCAAAACCACCACCAAGCAGCAGAUUCGGGGUUUUCGCUGCCCAGUCCAGACGAACACGCAUCGCCCAUGUCUGGGGCUCUGACAGUCGCGUCAAAACAGAAUUAUGGCGGCAUGCCACCACCUCCACAGCCUUCAUUGCAACAGCAAUCGGGUGCGCAUGGUCCGCCAGGGAGCAUCGUGACCGAGUACACCAAGAGGCGAGAUUGGGCCGCGCGAACCGCUGAGGAGCUCGCGGACCUUCAACAAAUCCUGGAUCAGGACGGCCGCAUCAAGUAUGUGUCACCAAGUGUGACAGCGCUUACAGGCUAUACAAAGGACGAGAUAUUAGAUGUAUUACUACAGGAUCUGAUCCACCCAGAUGAUGUCGGGGUGUAUCUAUCCGAGAUGCAUGAUGCAGCGGCGACUGGCGGAAGCCUGCGCAUUUACUACCGACUCAAGAAGAAAGACGGUACUUAUGGGGUUUUCGAGUCAACUGGUCAUGCUCAUAUCGCAACUGCUCGGUUCUCGACAAACCCAAAUAACCAAUCACAUUUCCGCCAGGCCGUUUUCCUUAUGUCGAGACCCUACCCAACGAAGAACGCCGAACUACUAGACUCAUUCUUGGAGCACAAAAUUGAGAACGAGCGCUUGCGUCGUAGGAUAGCAGAGCUCCGAAAGGAGGAAUAUGAAGACGGGGGCGAGGAUGCGCAGAGGAACUGGCCUGACGGUCGGUCAGAGAUGACAUCCGAGGAUGCAACAGUAUCUGUCUCCACGGGCACGACGCCACGGCAUGCACAGCAGCAGGUUCGCCACAGCAGUUUCGGCGAUGUCAAGGGUGUGGGCGGCGUACUUCCCACGGAUGGCAAACUUGGCAACGCGGUCUCUGGUAUACUGAACAGUGCAUUAACACGCGAGAACCUCGAAGAUUCGACCGCACGCAACCGACAAGACUCUAUCAAAGACAAAAUGAUGCGCUAUGAGGGACACUCACACGCCGAGACGAUUGAGAUGUUGACCGGACUGCGUUAUAAAGAAGGGGAACGGACCCACGGCUUCACAUCACGUGACAGCAACCCGACAUUGACCAAAGGAGAUGCGGGGAUUGCAAUACCUAUCGAUCGGGAUCCCAGGGUGGGAGCUGACAAGAAGAAAAAAGUCAAAGUGGCCGAGGAAUACGUUUGUACGGACUGUGGUACACUUGACUCUCCCGAAUGGCGAAAGGGGCCCAGCGGACCAAAAACGCUUUGCAAUGCAUGCGGACUUCGCUGGGCCAAAAAGGAGAAGAAGCGGAACCCGAAAACAGGGAGCGGCAGCGGGUCAACACCUGCCGCUGUAAGGCUCGUGGAGCAAUAA